UCUUAAACUCGCUCUGCGGCCUCAGUUUACGUAACUUCAGUCCGCCCACGGAUAUUUAACCAGGAAGAAACUUUUCUCGCCUCCAAACUUCUUUUCAGCCAUGGCUUAUGCCGACCUGAGGGACGACCUGCAAUGCUCCAUCUGUCUGAACAUUUUUACGGACCCCGUCACCCUGAGGUGCGGACACAACUUUUGCCACGUCUGUAUUGAUCAGAUGAUGGACACGCAGGACGGGUCUGGGACUUACUGCUGUCCUGAAUGCAGGGACAAGUUUCGGGAGCGGCCGGCCGUGCAGAAGAACAUAACUCUGUGCAAGAUCGUGAGGGGAUUCCUGCAUCGUGAGUCGGGUCAAGAGGCCGACGGGAUCUUCUGCACGAGCUGCGUGGACUCUCCGGUAACUGCUGUGAAGUCCUGUCUGCACUGUGAGGUUUCUCUAUGUGAUGAUCACCUGAAAGUCCACAGCAAGUCACCAGAACACGUCCUAUCUGAACCCAGCGCGUCCCUGGAGGACCAUAAAUGCCCCAUCCAUAAGAAGAUCCUGGAGUAUUUUUGCACUGAGGAUGACACCUGCGUUUGUAUGUCCUGCAGUUUGGUGGGAGAACAUCGGGGACACCGGGUAGAGAACCUGCUUGAGGCCUCCGAGAAGAAGAAGAAGAAACUGAGAAACGCUCUGCAGAAAUUGACUCCAAGGAUGCAGGACCUGGAGUUAAAACGGAACGAGUUGUCCUGUAAGAUCAGGCACAUCGAGGAGCUGUGCACCUCAAACAACCCCGUGACCGUCUUACAUGGACUAGAUAUGUGGGACCUGUGUGAUCCCGAGGAGGAGGAGGAGGAUGAGUACAAGGGGGAACCGGACAUAAAUGUGGCCAUUAUUACCGGGACUGUUCAUGAGGAGCUUUUGCCUUUUUUAAUCUCCAAAAACGGAAUUGUUCACCCUCUGGAGCACUCCAACAUGUUACUGGAUAUAGAAACAGCUUCCAAUGAGCUCUACAUACCGAGGGACCUGAAGAGCGCAACCAGGACAUUUACUGACCAGAAUCGGCCGUACGGGUUCAAGAGGUUCAUGCAUUAUCAGGUUUUGAGUAUGGAGAGUUUUUCCUCAGGGCGACAUUACUGGGAUGUGGACGUCAGCGGAUCAUGUGUGUGGAUGGUGGGGAUGUGUUAUCCCAGUAUAGGGAGGGGUGGGACUAAUUCCAUCAUUGGAAGCAAUAACAAGUCCUGGGGCCUACAUGGUUAUAAGGGGAAUAGUAAGCAUACAGUCAGACACAACGAUAAGGUCAUCCAGUUACCCCGUCUCAUCUCCCUUGAUAGAGUCAGGAUAUAUCUGGAUUAUGAGGCCGGACUAUUGUCCUUUUAUCAGCUGUGUGACCCCACCAGGCACCUAUACACCUUUACCGCCACCUUCACCGAGCCUCUUCGUGGUAUAUUAUGUGUAGGUAAUGGUACUGUCAAAAUACUGAGUUAAAGAAGAAGCUUACAGGAGUUGUUGACUCUGUAGUAAUUUGUAUUUAAUUACUCGGUUUCUCCACAGCUCCCCCAGAGGGGAUUUGGAGUAUUACACAGUUGUUUUUGAAAUCAAUAGGCUGCCUGUAUAGAACAUGGAUGUGUUGGGUCCUCCAGAGUGACAGAUGUUGUUCUCUACUUUCUGGCUAAUAGACGAGGGUCUUUCUUGAAAGAAUUUGGGUCUUCUUAACAAAACUACUCAAUUAAUGAUACUGCUUAUGGAAGAUAUCAUAAGAUCCUUGGAAUGUAUUCAGGCAUUGUUCUUCUGCUCUCAUAGUCUUCAUAGCUAUGUAUUACACAAUGGGACUUGUAGCUUACUGUAUAUGCAUUAUACACACACACAAACAUAUAUAUAUAUAUAUUUAUUAUUAUAAUUUUUUUUUUUAAAGCACCCUACAUUUUAAAAUGCUGUUAUAACCUGGAGUCUGUGCACCGCACCCUCCUGCAUUGCUUCCCUUACCGUAUUUUUCGCCCUAUAGGGCGCACCGGCGUAGAUUUAGGUGCAAAAUCUAAAAAAUUCAAGAUUUUGAACCCUAUAGUGGUCCGCAGAUUGAAGACCACUGCUCCAGACCGCCGCUCCAGACCCGUCACCGCUGCCUUGGAUGUCGCUCCAUCGCUGUCGCCAUGUCCCCGUCUCUCCGGAACGUCUCUGCUGCCGGCCGGCCGGGUAUCCUCGCUCUCCGUCGCCGUCAUCACGUCGUUACGCACACCGACGCAUGUACGCGACGACGUGAUGACGAGGAAGGAGAGCGCCGGCUAUACAGGGGAUCCCUGAACGGAGAAGACACCGAGGAGGCAGG